AUGGAUUUGCUGAGCAAGUACUGUGCCUCCACUGUCGGGAACUGUUUGUAUGCAGGAUGGGUGCUCCAGGGCCAUGGCAUGGCCAUGAGGCUCUGCAUGGCUGAGCAUGUGCACCCCCUCCAACCACCUGCCGAGACAUGUCUGGUGGUGGUCAGCGUGUGGCUGUCAGCAGUCAAGCUGGUGUGCAAAUCCACAGGGCUCCCUGCUUGUCCCCGGGGCUCCCCGCCAUCCCCGGGGCUCCCUGCUUGUCCCCGGGACUCCCCGCCCGACCCCGGGGCUCUCCACCGUCCCCGGGGCUCCCCCGCUCGUCCCCGGGGCUCCCCCCCAUCCCCGGGGCUCCCCGCUCGUCCCCGGAGCUCCCCGCCGCCCCGAGACCUCGGUCCCCCGGCCCGCGCCCUGGUUUCCGCGCUCCCGGCGGGGUCGGCCCGGCUCGGGCCCCCGCGAUGGCCGCCGAUCCCUAGCGGGGCCGGGCGGGCAGCAUGGGGGGGCGGCGGGUCGGCCCUGCGGGUCUGCGCCGACCACCGCGGGGGCAUCAACUGGCUGAGCCUGAGCCCCGACGGCCAGCGCCUGCUGACGGGCAGCGAGGACGGCACGGCGCGGCUCUGGAGCACGGCCGACGGCCGGUGCUGCGCUCUGCUGCAAGGACAUGAGAGCUACGUGACCUUCUGCCAGCUGGAGGAGGCAUCUGCCUUCACGUGCAGCGCAGACUGCACCAUCCGCCGGUGGGACGUGGCCAGCGGGCGCUGCGUGCAGGUGUACCGUGGCCACACCUCCAUUGUGAACAGGAUCCUGGUCGCGGAUAACCAGCUGUUCAGCAGCUCCUAUGACCGCACGGCCCGUGCCUGGACGGUGGAGCAGGGGCAGGCGACCCGGGAGUUCCGGGGCCACCAUAACUGUGUGCUGACCCUGGCCUACGCUGCCCGCCGGGACGCCGCGGCCUCGCCCCGCGUGGAGGCCCCCGUGGCCGGGGGGCUGCUGGUGACUGGCAGCACAGAUGGCACGGCCAAGGUGUGGCAGGUGGCUAGUGGCUGCUGCCACCAGACCCUGCGGGGCCACACCGGGGCCGUGCUGUGCCUCGUGCUGGACGCGCCGGGCCACACGGCCUUCACGGGCAGCACCGACGCCACCGUCCGCGCCUGGGACAUCCUGAGCGGCCAGCAGCUGCGGGUGUUCCGGGAGCACCAGGGCUCCGUCAUCUGUCUGGAGCUCACGGACCAGCUCCUGUACUCGGGUAGUGCAGACCGGACCGUCAAGUGCUGGCUGGCUGACACCGGGGAGCCGGUGCGCACCUUCCCGGCACACGGGCACAGCGUCAGCGCCGUCAAGUACCACGCAGGCACCUUGUUCACGGGCAGCGGGGAUGCCUGUGCCCGGGCCUUCGAUGCCCAGUCUGGAGUCCUGCAGAGGGUGUUCCGGGGCCACGCGCUGGUCAUCAACUGUCUCCAGGUGCACGGCCAGGUGCUGUACACAGCGUCGCACGACGGGGCUCUGCGCCUGUGGGACGUGCGCGGGCUCCUGGGCCCCCCACCCCCCGCACGCAGGCCUGCAGCCACACGCAGCCUGUCCCGGCUCUUCAGCAACAAGGUGGCCUGUGCGGCCUCCGCGCCUCUGCAGCCCGCCUGAGCCCAGGGAAGCUCAGGCCCUGCAGACCUGGCCCUUGCCCACAGCGAGGCCCGU